UCACGUGAUUUCCGGUUUGAUAUUUUACUUACUUGAAAAAACAAUGUUUGUUUCGAUGCAGUAAUUGGUCACGAGGAAAUUAAUUAUAGAUGUAGUUUAAUAUGUUAACAGUAUAUUAGUUUUGUUUGGCUUUACCAACCGCACUUUUGCACAAUGCAGAUGACAGCACACAGACAUCUCAACAGUUGACAGUUGCUCAUGGUUCAUUUCUCAAGCCACGGGUGCCUUAGGACUGCUAGUGUAAUUGUGUAGAAAGAUACAAAGAUGUGCCAUUGUUAAUGGAUACUCCAGACUGUGGUUCACAUAUGCUGUAAAUCACGACAGCUGUAAAUAUAUAACAUUUCUAUUAUCACCCUAGUGGUAUACCACACAGGCUACAUAUCACCCUGAUUAGGUUACAUAUCACACUGGAAACUGCUCGCAACGGCCAUGGACCUUACCAAGUGUCUUCGCAUUGGGUCUUUGUUCCUGACCCUCACCCUGUGGGCCUCCUGUGACCUUGACCUCACCAAGGAACCUGGGCACCUGAAACCCUUCGGAACUGGUGGGGUCAACAGACCAGUAGAGGAAAUUGACGGGUUUCCUGACCCGGAAUAUUUCUUUGAGAAUUACGUCAAGCCAACGAAGCCCCUGAAGAUGAAGGGAGCAGCUCGUAUAUCGAAGGCGAUGGGAAAAUGGAGUGACGAGUAUUUUCUGAGUCUGGAUGAUGACCUUGACACAGAGGUGAAGUUGGAGACGAAGAAGAAGGAGAACCGGCUCCAGGCGGUCGACAUGAUGACGUUCAAGAACUUUGUGAGGAUUUAUAACCAGACUGAACACUAUAUGGUGGAUUCUGUACCUCCAGCACUAAGAGGUGACAUCACUAUCCCAUGUCCGCUGCAGUGCAAACAGUUGGCAGAACACAACUUCGUGGAUAAUAUAAUGUGGUUCAGCAGUGGUGGAACCAAGUCCGUGGUGCACACUGACUCUGUGGACAACAUCAACUGUCUGUACCGAGGAGAGAAAACACUCUACUUUGUAGACCCAUCUGUACAUCGACAUGAUGUGCACAUAGACCAUCCUGAAGGUGCCUACUCAGGAAUGGACGUCGAUGCAGUGGAUUACACCAAGUACCCGGGCAUGGCCAAGGUGGAGUUCUACCAUGUGAAUGUCAGUGCAGGGGACUGCCUUUAUAUACCUUAUCUGUGGGUCCAUCAGGUACGCUCAUAUGACAGCAACCUUGCUGUAAACGUCUGGUGGCAUAGAUACGCGAAGGAUGAUCUCGACUACAGCGCCUGCAACCGCCAGUGUAACACAGAGUACACCAUGGCCCAGGCAAAGUUUAUGGGACUAGAAACAAUCCAACAUGACCCAAAUGAAGUCAGGGAUUAUUUUAUGACAUACAUCUCUAAUGAUACAGACUUGGAAGGAUUCAUACAGAUUUUAGUUGCGGAUGAUUAUGACAAGAUUGUGAAUGACACAACAUAUGUGAGGGACUUCACAGAGAUGUUUGAGAUGCUCGAUGCAGACAAAGACGGGCUGCUAAGUUUAACGGAUAUAAAGGCCUUGGAUAAUGAGGCCUGGAGAGCAAUAGGAGAUCUGCUGGAACUGGUGAUGCAGGACAUGGAAGAGGAAUUUGAGGCCAGCCACAUUGACCCUGACCUUGACCCUGACCAUGGGGCAGCUGGGGACUCUGAUGAGAUGGAUUUGCAUGACGAACUGUAGUUGCUUCUGAGUUGCUUUCUUUUUUUUAAUCUUGAUGUAAGUCUCGUACUGGGAAAGCCAGGCUUAAUGAUGUGCGUUAAGUGUCAUUCCAAAUUACCCUUUGCAGUCUGCACAGGCUAGUCUGGGAAAACACUUUCCGCCUGGACUGGAUGUACGUUUAUAGGUGACUUUAUUUUAACCCAAACAAUUGCAUUAUGGCGUAAAGUGUUGUCCACGAUUAUCCUGUUCUAACAGCACAGGUUUAUCUUGGUAGACACUUAACCCACAUGCAUAAAGUCUAGCUUUCUAGAUUGAGGCUCAUGAUUACCUGGUGGUGGGAUUUGGUUACCUGAAACUUGUAUGUGCUAUAAGUUUAUGUUUUGAAUUUUGAACAAAGUCUUUUGUUAAAACAGGUUAUGGUCUUUUAUAUAUAUAAAUAUGUGUAAGUAUAAACGCUUUUAUAAUGUGUUGGUCAUUCUUUAUAUUUAUUUUCAAUGAUUUUUUAAGGAUGUUUAUUUGGUUUGUUUUCUUCUCAAAAUGUAGGACUGCUCAUUUGAUGUGGGUACAUAAAAAGUAAGGGGCAGGUUAAAUGUAUUGCCUGUUUGAUCUGUCAUUCUUGUUAUCUCCAAUCUUAACAACAUGUCAUGUGUCCAAAAUAAAUGAAAAACGUAUUCAUUUGCAAGCCUAACAAUGUGUCAUUUCGCCUACUUAAUGUAAUAAGUCAUGUAAGUGAUACUUUUAUGUAUUUUUACUUUUUUCCAUUGUUGUGUUUAUUAAGGUGACAUACAUCAACUUGUAAAAUAUUUAGUCAACCUUUUUGGUAAAAAUAAUGUUUUUAUCAAAUUUUUGAAAUUGACAUAACAAACACAUGUCAUUUUCUGAAUAUAAAAAGCGUAACUGACAUUUUGCUAAAUUUUCAGAAGCAAAAAAAUGUUUUAUUAAAAUUAUAAACAUUUUUUCGUUUUCAAAUUUUCUGAUAAGUAUUAUAAUAACACUUGAAAAACGAAACCAAACUCCAAAUUGAUAUGUCUUUUUAAAAACAAUAAAAAAAAUAAGAAAGGAGCAGUUACCAUAAUUUCAACACUGAAAUAUUUUGAGUGCAAAAAAUAACGUAAGUGCUCUUACUGUAUUUUGGAAAAUGUCUGAAAAUAUGCUUUCCUGAACAAUUCACAAAAUGUCAGUUACCCUAGUUAUUACAUUCAGUAGACGAUUUGUAUUGGCAGGUCCCCACAAUGAUGAGCUGUAGUGAUGGGUGGCUCUAUUUUCCAUUAAAAUGGCAAAGCCCAGAAGUUUAAUAUUCGGUGUUUAACAUUGCUUUGUGGUAUUCUACAAAGAUUUUGCAAA